CAGCACAUGACUUGUCUUCCCUGACUCACUGGUCUUCAGGUGCCUCCAGGGGAAAUCAACUGAAAAGAGCGGCCAUUUAUUACACGUACUUAUCGGGGGACCGUGGUAGCAUCGACAGCUCUAGCCGUCUUCAGGUCAGACAGGUGCUGCUGAAGUCAUGUGACUCGGAGGUGGCGUUGUGCAGACGGUUAGGAAGGAAGCAGUUGACACAGCGGCCCCAAUGAAAGUCUCCACCACGGGCGGCACCAACUGUUGAAGGGAGAUUAUGUUUUGAGCCGCACCGAGACUUUGGACCGAGAUACUGGAGGAAUCUGGGAGCACAGACAUAAUGCGUGUGGAGUGGUUGGCGUAAAUAGGACACAAGAGUAAAGCAGGACAGGAGUGCAUCUGUGGUCCAGAUGAAGUGCUUGCUGAUAGCCAGUGAGAGUGCCGAGGUCCUCUUCCACUGGACGGACCCGGCAUUUCUGCAGAAUAUCCAAGAAAAGUAUGAGGUGACUCAAGAGGAGGGCCAGAGGCUUCCAGCCUUUGAGGACAGCAUCAGCACUCUGUUCGCUCCUAUGAUUAUCUCCUGCACCACCCUGGUGGACAGGCUGGGAGACAGCUACACCUCCUUCACCACAGAAAACAACCACAUCUAUGUCCUACACCAGUUUGAAGAGUGUCUCUACAUUGCUGUGAAUGGAGAUGGUGAGGAGGGAGAGGAUGAUCUAAGGAGGAAGAUCUAUGUGAUGAAGAAGAUGAUUGAGGUUCUCUUUGGCAUGGUCACCCUCAGCAGUAACCUCCUCCGAAAAGAGCUCCGUCCUCAGGACACGCAGCAACGUGCAAGGCUGUGGAAACAUCUUCAAAGCCUGCUGGAGACGUACAGCCAGCUUCGAGAGAACGACCAGAGCUUCUUAGUAGAGGCAGUGGAGAGGCUGAUCCACCCCGCACUGUGUGAGCAGUGCAUCGAGUUCUUGGAGCGCCGGUUAGUUCAGCAUCUUAACAGCAGUGCGGAGAGAGCAGGAGAGGAGGUGCUGCAUGCCUUCGUCCUGGUCCACACCAAACUCCUCGUCUUCUACUCCACCCGCAGCGCGAGCAAGCUCACCACCUCAGACCUGCUGACCCUCAUUAUCCUGGCACAGAAUAUGUAUCCUAGCAACAUAGACACGGAUGAUCCAGUUCCUGAGGACAUUGAGAAUACAUCCAGUUCUGGUCCUGAAAGUUUCUACACCCCAGAGCCCUCCCCUACAAACAGAGACUCAAGCAGUUCAGCUGACAAGCCACUGAGGGGUAGUACUCCUGUGUUUGAGUUUAUGGACCCAGACAUCCAGAUGGCAGAGGACAGCUUGCAGACCCUGGAAGUUCCUCCUCCCGGCCCUUUAACCCCUCGCAGAGUGUUCUUAGAGGUCUCGAGCAAAGAUGGGCUGUAUCCAAUGAUGCCUCACUCCAUGUACUGUUUGCCACUGUGGCCUGGCAUCACACUAGUGUUGCUAACUAAGAUUCCCACUACUGCAGUAGCCAUGUCAGUGUAUAAGUUUUUGGAGGCAUUCAGCACCCUGGAGAAACGUUUACGUGAAGGCCAGGAAGGUUCUGCUGCUACUAGAGGACCACCGAAUAUACAAGAUGUCCGCAGUAAACUGGAUAAAUUCAUUAAAGUCUUGGGGCCCAGUGAGGUACAGUCUGCACAAUUACAAAAUGUCUGGACUGAGUUCAAGAACAGAGCUUUUGCCAGAGGAGGAUCUGGAUUCAACAAAAAUCUUAUCCCAUGGUGUAAAAAUAUGAAGACCCAGCUGUGUGGCAUAUACCGACAGUGCUUUCUUAUUGACUCCGGACCAGCCGACAUUCCUCGAUGUCUCUCUCCCGGUCUGCAGGAACGAGCCCAGACUAUGGCUCAAGAGAAACUAAUGGACUGGAAGGACUUCCUGUUGGUGAAAAGCAAGAGAAAUAUCACCAUGGUGUCUUACCUGGAGGAUUUCCCGGGCCUCAUCCAUUUUAUCCGUGUGGACCGAUCCACUGGCCAAAUGAUUGCGCCCUCACUCUGCACCACAGAGCGCGGACCAGCAUCGGAACUAGGGAAGGGACCGGUGGCUCAGUUCAUCAAAAGCAAGGUGUGGAGCCUGGUCAGCACAACACGGCACUUUCUCCGGAAGGGUUAUUCCACGGUCACAUUGCGUGAUGGAGACUUUUACUUCUGCUAUUUCCUCUGGUUUGAAAGUGAAACAGGCUACAAGUUGGAGGCAGGAGACAUACCUGUCCUACCUGAUGACUCCGCCCCUAUUGGAAUGCUGGCCUGGGACUACUAUUGGAAGCUGCUGCGGUACUACAGUAAGAAUCAGCAGGGGGAGAUGGUGAAGUGCUACGAGCUGCUGACAGUUCACUUAGGGGUCAUCCCCACCGACAUCAUCCUUCAGCACUGCAGACAGCUGGCAAGCAAACUGUGGGAGCCUUCACGUAAUCCACUGCUGUAGACACACACGUGGAUAGCGUCACAGUAGCCAAGGUACACAUUUACAGUAUUGCCAAGAACAAAACCACAUUUUCUCACUCACUCUAGAUACAUACAACAGCAGGUGUCUGUUUCAUGUUUCCUUAAUUUUCACUGUGUACACCAUUAAAGCACCCUGUUAUAAGCUGAGCUAAGAUGAUUAAUUGGAAGCACUUAAGUUCAUGACUAGCACAACUGUGCACUUAUGCACUAUUAUGCAAUGUGUAUCAAUUAUAUUGACAAUAUUACCCCUUAAUUGUUGUAUAUACUUUGAAUGCUCAAAUAUGACCAUGACCUGUUUCCUAUUUAUUAAUAAUACUAUUGUAUAUGUGGUUGUUAUGUCCCACUUUUUAAAAUUUG